CUUCUGCCUCAACCACAAAACGUUGAGGUGGUCUCUAACAACAUGGAUGCCAUAGUUACGUGGGAUGCUCCCCUUAGUUCACUGAGACACCUUACCUACACAGCUGAAUACAGAAAGCCUUCAACGGCUUUCUUCCACACCGUGUGUAAAGCCACCAAAGAGCACAGGUGUGACUUCGGCGAACUUCCUAGUUGCCAUGGAAAUUAUCAAUUCAGAGUGAGGACAGAGUUAAAGGGAAAUACCUCCAGCUGGGCGGAAACCCCAAACUUCUCUCUUAAGAAAGAAACCGUCAUUGGUCCUCCGAACGUAACCUUGGUCACCAAGGGAGGAGCUAUAGGAGCUGUAGAGGUGAACAUUCAGAAUCCGGUGCUAAAGAUCUCAUCGCUGAAAGAAGCCUACAGCAAAGUGGAAUACAAUAUCAGAUACUGGAAGAAUACUGACAAGAAGGAUGUGUUUGAGAGAGAGAGGGUGACUGAGCAACGUGUUAAGCUGAAGCCACUGGAGCCCAACACUAGAUACUGCAUUCAGGUCCAGGUGUACAUACCGAUGCCGCACAACAAUACGGGGCAGUACAGCAAGGAUGCGGUGUGA